AUGCGGACCAGUCUACUGUGCCUCGCCCUCCAGUUCUCCCUGCUGUCUCUCAGCCACUGCCAAGUUUCUCAGAGUUCUGUACCUGGCCUCACUUUUAACUUCACGCACUCGCUCUACAAUGCCACCAUCUACGAGAACUCUGCAGCCGGGACUUACAUUAACAGUGAAGUGCGGAUGGGAAUUACGUUAGUCGUUAGGUCCUGGAAGGUCAUAUACAGGAUCUCUUCUGGGGAUGGUGGCCUUUUUCAGGCUGAAAACUACACACUUGGGGAUUUCUGUUUCUUGCGCAUUCACACCAGAAGUGGGAGCUCUGCAAUCCUGAACAGGGAGGUUAGAGACACCUAUAUACUGACUGUGACAGCCGCCACCCCAGAUGGCCUUGAGGCACUAGCUAUGGUUGCUGUGCUGGUCCUGGACACUAAUGAUCUUCGGCCUCUUUUCACACCCACCAUCUAUUCUGUAACCGUGCAGGAGAAAAUACCAUUGGGGACCAGCGUGGUGCAAGUGACAGCAACUGAUGCUGAUGCUGGUUCCAAUGCAGAGCUCUAUUACUUUUUCAGAGAGAAGGUGGAGCUUUUGGCCAUCCACCCUACUAGUGGGGUGGUCUUCCUCAUUGCUCAACCUAGUCCCGACCAAAGGGGUUUACAAGAGAUAGAGAUACUGGCUGUUGACCGGGGAAUCAAGCUAUAUGGUGAUGAGAGUACGAGCAGCACAGCAAAGCUCUUCUUGCAACUGGAACAUGUCAAUAACCAUUCACCGACCAUAACCGUAGUUUCCAGGGUUCCUUCCAGGCAGGAUAAAGAUCCCGUCUUUGCUGAGGUCAUUGUGGAAGACCUGGAUGAUGGAUUGAAUGGGGACAUUGAAGGAGUCUCCAUUGUGGCGGGUGACCCCCAGAAACUGUUUGUCUUAGAUAAAUUAUCAGGAGGUAAUGAGUACAAGGUAGUAAUGUCUGAGCCAAGAGACUGGGGUCAAUUCACUUAUGGAUAUAACCUUACACUCCAAGCCAAGGACAGAGGCUCCCCACCAAAAUUUUCAGACCUUCAAGUUGUCUGGGUAUCAAUUCAGAGCCCCCAACCUGUCCAGAGGAGAUUUGAGAAAGAGUUGUAUGACGUCAUUAUUAAUGAAAUUUCACCUCCUGGUUUCAUUGUGGAGGUCAUAAGAAUUUUCCCAGAACAAAGCAAUGCAAGAUAUAUGCUGAAUCCCACUACAGAUUCUACACAUUUUGACAUAAACUCCUUAACUGGUGUGAUAACCACUGCUUGUUCCCUUACCACAGUUAAUCAGGAGUUGCUUGCACUCGAAGUGGUUGAGGUGGAGAGCAGACUCAGGACUAAGGUGUACAUCACUAUCGAGGACGCUAAUGAUAACAGUCCUGUGUUCAGCCAGGCCUCCUACCAGGGGACAGUUAAUGAGCACUCUCCUGUAGGGACAGUGAUCCUGGUGGUGUCGGCAGUGGAUGGCGACAAGGGUGAAAAUGCUUCUGUCAUCUACAGCAUAUCCAGUUUUCAGCAGCUGCCAUUUGCAUUGGAUCAGUAUACAGGUGUUCUGAAGACCAUCAAGGAGCUGGACUUUGAGUCUUGCCCUGAGCUCUAUGUGUUUGUUGUCAGAGCGUCUGACUGUGGCACACCAUACCGCCGUGAGAGCGAAGUCAACAUCACUAUCAGUCUGGUAAACAUCAAUGACAAUCCACCCCAGUUUGACAAGGUUGCCUGUAGAGGAGCUAUUUCUCUGGAUUUUCCUGUGGGACAGCCGAUCAUCACUAUGUCAGCUAUAGACCUAGACAAACCAGAGUCAAUUAUAUACAAAAUCCAAUCAGGAGAUGAGCAAGAUUUUUUCAAUCUGAAUCUUGACACUGGAGUCUUAUCUUUAAAGAAAUCUCUGGUGACAGCUAAUCCGAAGAAUGGUGUGUUCAGCCUGGAGGUCAUUGCCAGUGAUGGUGCGAUUCUCUCUGAUCCUACAUUUGUGAAUAUCUCACUUCUCCGUGGCCAAAUGUCCUUGAAGAACCUGAACUGCGAAGAAACCAAAGCUGCUGAAAAGCUUGUGGGAAAGCUGCUCAAUAAAACUAGAAUAGAUGAUAGGUCUACAGUCAUUGAGAGGUUCUCUGAUGUCUUCACUAUGAACAGGCAAAGCCCACAGUUUGAAUCUCUGCCUUCUGAAAUAUGGGUGCGGGAGGAUCUUGCAGUUGGUGCAAGUGUCUUUAGAGUUCAUGCAUAUGAUGGUGACAGUGGCUUCAGUGGAAAGAUUCUGUUUGCUAUAUCUGAUGGUAACAAGGACAGCUGUUUCAAUAUUGAUAUGGACAAUGGUUGGAUAACUGUCCUUCUACCAAUGGAUCGUGAGAAAACCAACAAGUAUGUUCUCAACCUAACAAUUUAUGAUAUGGGCUUACCUCAGAGGUCCACUGCACGAUUGUUGAUUUUGAACCUGGAGGACACCAAUGAUAAUGCGCCACAAUUUGAGCAAGAGAGUUACAACACAGUGAUACUUGAGAACACCACCAUUGGUACAGAUAUCAUCCAAGUUAAAGCCACAGAUAAAGACCAGGGUUGGAAUGGCCAAGUCUAUUACACUCUGCUAACGAGCACUACUGCAUUCAAGAUCAGUAGCACAACUGGGAUAGUUCAAGUUUCUGAGAAGCUUGACAGGGAGUAUAUUCCAACAUUUUAUCUCCAAAUAGAGGCUCGAGACGGGGCUGAGACUGGCAGCCAGAGAUUCUCUUUGACCAUUUUGAGUAUAUCUUUGGAAGACGUCAAUGACUGCUCCCCUACCUUCAUCCCAAAAGGUUACAGCACCCGUGUUCCUGAGGACCUGCCAUCUGGCACAGUCAUCACCUGGCUAGAAGCCCAUGACCCUGAUCUGGGACCUGGAGGCCAGGUCAAAUACUCUCUAGCUGAUGAUUAUGAUGGCAUGUUUGUGGUCAACAGAGACAGCGGGACUGUGCGAUUAGUUGGUGACCUAGACUACGAGAAACACAACUUCUAUAACCUGACUGUGAUAGCAGAUGAUAGGGGCUUCCCGGUGCCCCUUCGGUCUGUGUCCUUCAUUGUUGUGGAGGUGAUUGAUGUCAAUGAAAACCUCAACGCACCCCAUUUCACUAACUUCACCCUCAGUACUACGGUCAAGGAGAACUCACGAGUUGGAACCAGCAUUCUUCGGGUUGUGGCUUGGGAUAAUGACCAGGGAAGGGACGGUGAGAUCCGAUUCUCAGUAAAGGCUGGGAGUGGACUGGGCAGGUUCACCAUUGAUGAGGAAUCAGGGAUAAUCUACACCAUGGACAUAUUGGACCAUGAGAUAAAGGACUCCUAUUGGCUGACAGUACAGGCCACGGACAGAGGUUUGGUGCCACUGUGCUCUACCGUGGAGGUGUACAUUCAGGUGGAGGAUGUGAAUGACAAUGCCCCACUCACCAGUGAGCCCAUCUACCGCCCUGCCAUCAUGGAGAACUCAGCCAAGGGCUUGUCAGUCCUGCAGGUGCAGGCACAAGACUUGGAUACCACCACUUCCGUCAGCCACCUCAGCUACCGCAUCGCCAGUGGAAAUCCCCAGAACUUUUUCACCAUCAACCCCAAGACAGGUCUCAUAACCACAACCUCCAGGAAGCUGGACAGAGAACAACAGGAUGAACACUUUUUAGAGGUGAUAGUGUCAGACAUGGGACCAUCUCCCAGGCAUACCCCUGUCUGGGUGAUUGUACGUAUCCUGGACGAGAAUGACAACGAGCCACAUUUUCCUGAGAAGCUCUACCAAUUGUGGGUCCCAGAGCAUGACCGCAGCAGUAGGGGUGAGCCCCUCUGCAGGGUACUUGCCUCGGACCGGGAUCUUGGGCUAAAUGCUGACCUCUCCUACAGCAUUGUGGAUGGGAACCAGGACGCCAAUUUUGCCAUUGACCCCAAGACUGCUACGGUGAUGUCCAGGAAGACGAUGGCAGCUGGGAGCUCUGCCCUCCUGACUAUCAGAGCUACAGACAAUGGGGAUCCACCUAUGUCAUCCACGACUCAACUGUACAUGAAGUGGAUCAGCAAACCUGUGCCCUCACUGCUGCCCCUGCUGUUCACUGACUUGUACUACAACUUCACCAUCCCAGAGAGCACCCAGGUUUUUGAGGUGGUGGGUGUGGUCUCUACACAGCAGAGUGCCACGCCCCUCUGGUUCGACAUCAGUGGAGACCAGCUGUCCUGUGAAAUGUUCUACAUUCCUCAAAAAGCCUGCAGUGCCAACUGUUCUAUACAAGGUGGGGGAUACAGUAGCCAUUGUGAUAUUUGUAAAGGGGUGGGGACUGUUAUUGUGGCAAAGCCCCUGGAUGCUGAGCUGCGGUCCUCCUAUGAGGUAACGGUGACUGUCACAGAUGGUACCCACACUGCCUCCACUCAGCUCUAUAUCACUGUCCUUGACAUCAACGACAACACGCCCACCUUCUCUCAGGCCAGCUAUGUCGUCACAGUUUCAGAGGACACUCCUAGUGACACUGAGGUGCUCCAGGUCAGGGCCUCGGACGCAGAUGGCAGGAGCAAGCUGAGCUACUCCAUACACAGCAGCCUGGAUCCGGGCAGUGCAUAUACGUUCCGGAUUGCCCCCGAAACUGGAACCCUCUACACAGCUGACCGACUGGACCAGGAGGCCCAGAGUCAACACAUCCUUACAGUCAUGGUCAAGGACCAAGAGUUCCCCUACCGCAGAGACUUAGCCCGCAUCCGGGUAGCUGUGGAGGAUGCCAAUGAUCAUGCCCCAUACUUCACACAAACGGUGUAUGAGGGGUCUGUUUUUGAGACGGCCAUUGCAGGCACCUAUGUUCUCCAGGUCACUGCGCUGGACAGGGACCAAGGGAAGAAUGGUGAGCUCCUCUACUCAUUGGAAGCAGGAAACUCAGGAAACAUGUUCAGGAUUGAUCCGGUCACAGGUGAACUCUGUGUAAUCAAGGAGCUGGACCUGAACUCACUUGGUCAAUAUGUUAUCACUGUCAGAGCUACUGACAAAGGCUCUCCUCCAAUGGGAGCAGUGGCCACUGUACGCAUCACUGUAGCACUGUCUGACAGCUCCAUACCGAGGUUCCUCCAUACAGAAUACCAUGCUGAAAUCAGUGAGAACAUGCCUGCUGGCUCUUUUGUCAUGGCUGUCAGUGCCAUGAGCAGAUCUGCACCGUCGUAUCGAAUAAAUCGAGAGGGUGAGCCGGGCAGCUUUCGGAUCAACCAGUUCACAGGGGUCAUCACCACCUUGAAACCUCUAGACUAUGAAAGUGUUACUUCCUAUGAGCUGAUAGUAGAGGCUUAUAACAUGGCUGGUAUGGCCUCCAUCACUUCAGUCAUCAUCCAAGUGGUAGAUGCAAAUGAUAACUCCCCAGUCUUCCAGCACCUGAAGUACAGAGGAAGCAUCAGUGAGGCUGCCCCUAUCAAUAGUGUGGUCCUGAGUGUAGAUGAUGGGAUGCCAUUGGUCUUAGCAGCCACAGAUGCCGAUAAGAACCUGAACUCUCUUCUCAUCUUUCAGAUAGUUGACAAUGUAGCUCAGACAUUUUUCACUGUGGAUUCAGGUACAGGAUCCAUACGUAGCAUCUCAAAUUUGGACCAUGAGACUCAUUCUGAAUUUAACUUCAGCAUCAUUGUGAGAGACAGUGGUCAACCACAGCUGACAGCACAGAAUCUAGCUGAGGUCAGAGUAUGGGUGCAUAAUAUUAAUGACUCCCCUCCUAAAUUUUGCCAGGACACCUAUGAGACAGUCCUGCUGCUUCCAACCUGCGUGGCAGCAGAAGUACUGCAGGUAUCAGCUGUGGAUCCUGACACGUGUGACUCAGCAGGCCUGAGUUUUGCCUUGACGGACAGGAGUCUGGAACAUUUUGCUGUCGACCCAGAAAGUGGUAUUCUCAUGGUGAGAAGCAGUAACUUUUCCAAGGACCGCUAUCGCUUCAGUGUGGAAGUUACAGAUGGAAAGUUCUACAGCACAGCCCUGGUCACAGUGGUAGUCCGAGAAGCCAUGGAUGGUGGUCUGGUCUUCCUGCGGCCUCAGUACUCCUACACGGUGGUGGAGAACAGCAACAAUGUGACCACAGUUGCCAUAGUCAAUGUUAUGGGAAGCAGACUUAACGAGCCUAUCAGGUACCGCUUACUGAAUGCAGGGACCCAAUUUAAAGUAAGGCCCACUUCUGGAGUUAUCCAGACCACAGGCCUUCAGUUUGACCGGGAAGGGCAGGAGAUCUACGAGUUGGUUUUAGUGGCUACUCGGGAGAAGAACCAUUUACAGGUUGCAACGACAACAGUAAGGAUUCAGGUGGAGGAUGUCAAUGACAACCCACCAGUAUUCAUAGGCCUGCCGUACUAUGCUGCUGUAAGGGUGGAUGCAGAGCCAGGAUCUCACAUAAUUCAGAUCAAUGCCACAGAUCAGGACAAAGGGGUCAACAGCCAAGUGUCCUACUACUUAAAGGAUGAGUACCAAUACUUUGAGGUCAACCCACUGACUGGAGAAAUAUCUUUAAAAAACCCUUUGCAUGUCAAUUUGUCCAAUGUGGAGUACCAAGUGGUUGUCUUUGCUAAAGAUGGAGGAGUCCCAGCCCACGUCACUGCUGUGGAGUUUUCCAUCACUGUUGUGAACAAAGCUAUGCCAGUGUUUGAGAAGCCUUUCUAUCAAAUCUCUGUGAGUGAGGAUACAGCUAUGCAUACCCCAAUUCUCAGCAUAAAUGCCGCCAGUCCAGCUUGUGACAAGAUCAUUUAUACCAUUGUGGAUGGGGAUGCCUCUUCACAGUUCAGCAUUGGUUAUGACACUGGUUUUAUUAGCAUUGUUUACCCUCUGGACUAUGAAGCUAAUUCAUAUUAUAGAUUGACCGUUAAGGCAACAGAUACUGUCUCCGGUGUUGGAGCAGAGGUGGACAUAGAUAUAGCUGUUCUAGAUGAGAAUGACAACCCCCCUGAAUUUGAGAGAAGUUCCUACGAAGCAAUUCUGUCUGAAACUUCCAUGAUUGGAACCACAGCUCUGCAGGUUGUUGCAGUAGACAAGGAUUCAGAGAAGAACAAUGUUGUGCAAUAUCAGAUAACACCAGAGAUGUACAGCAGCACAGAUUAUUUUCACAUUGAUAGCAUCAGUGGGCUUUUAUUCACAGCCCACUUGCUUGAUUAUGAGCUCAUGCAGCAACACAAUAUUAUUGUCAAGGUGACUGACAAUGGCUUUCCUCCUCUGAGCAAUGAGGUCCUAGUGACUGUCAGUGUUAAAGAUGCUAAUGAUAAUCCUCCUAUGUUUAGCCAGACACUCUACAUGGCUCAUGUCAGUGAACUUGCACCCAGAGGCCACUUAGUAACCUGUGUCCAGGCUUCAGAUGCAGACCGGUCUGAUACCAGCCAGUUAAGAUACAGCAUCCUGACUGGGAACGAGAAGAACCAUUUUGCCAUGGAUGAGGAGAAGGGGAUGAUCUGCUUGUCCAGUCAGCGCAUGCAGCGAAUGCAGCGUCUGUACAUCCUGAAUGUCUCUGUGUCUGAUGGAAUCUUUACCAGCAUGGCUCAAGUGUACAUCUCAGUCCUUGAGGCUAACCUUUAUAGCCCUGUCUUCAGUCAAAGGUUCUAUCUGACUCAAAUUCGGGAAAACGCUGCUGGUGGGACAAGGGUCAUCCAACUAAAAGCUACUGAUGAAGAUUCUGGAAGGUUUGGUCAGAUGACAUAUUGCUUUGUCAAUGACUUGGCAAAGGAUCAGUUCAUUGUGGAUGCUACUGGUCAGAUUUUGACCGCAAGAAAAUUGGACAGGGAGAACCCAGUUAACAAGGACAUUGUCCUAAGGGUCAUGGUUUUGGACGGUGGAGGUAGAGCCUCCUUCUGUAGUGUCAGGGUGAUGCUAAUAGAUGAAAAUGACAACCCCCCACAUUUUAAAGCCACAGAGUACAGGGCUAGUGUCAAAUACAAUGUGGCUACAGGUUUUCCUGUCAUUCAGAUCCAGGCAGUGGAUCCAGAUGAGGGCAUGAAUGGCAAAGUGACCUACUCUCUCUACAGCGAAACCAGAGUUUCUGUGGUCAACAUUCUGGAAAUUGACACAGACAGUGGUUGGAUCAUCACAAAAGGAAGCUUCAGCCACCUUCAGGGUGUAGUUCUCUCCUUCUUUGCUAAAGCAGCUGAUGGAGGUGUCCCUGUAAAGCACUCCCUGGUGUCUGUCUAUAUUCAUGUUCUUCCUCCUGAGGUACCCAUCCCUUCUUUCACACAGCCUCAGUAUUCUUACACCGUGCGUGAGGAUACGCUUAUGGGGAUGGUCCUGGGCUCGGUCCACCUUAACCCCAGUCGAAACGUAGUCUUCGGCCUCAUCAGUGGGGAGACAAUAGACACCAACCGCGGAGGCACGCUGAUGGUGGAACGUGACACCGGUGUUAUUCGGCUCGUCAAGCCCCUGGACCAUGAAGCUGUUGAAGCCUUCCACUUUAAAGUAUCGGCAACCAUAAAGUUGCCCCAGCUGGAGUCAGUGUCCACCGUGGAUGUGGAAGUGAAGGUACUGGACCUGAAUGACAAUGCGCCUUCUUUUGAGACAGGCUCCUAUGAGGCGGUGGUCAUGGAGGGCAUGCCGAUUGGAACUAGAAUAAUCCAGGUCCGUGCGCUGGAUCCAGACUGGGGCUCCAAUGGACAGGUCACUUAUAGUCUAGUUAAUCCACGGGACCCUGAGGUAGACCGGUCUAUGAACAUGUUCUCUAUAGACAGCAAGACAGGCUGGAUCACCUCCCUUAGUGACCUGGACUAUGAGUUAUGUCCAUCCUACACAUUCACAGUGGUGGCAACUGACCUUGGGGAGACAAUCUCCCUGUCUUCCACUGCUUUGGUGACAGUGGCCGUGGUUGAUGUUAAUGACAACCCUCCCUGCUUUAAAAUGGACCACUACAAAGCAGCAGUGAUGGAGACUGGCACCCUGGGGGAAGUGGUCGCCGUGCUGGGCACACAGGACAGAGACAGUUCGGACAAAGUGUCCUUACACAUUACAGGGGGGAAUCCUGGAGGAGCCUUUGCUCUUGAACUUGUUCAGGAUCAGUGGAAAAUGUAUCUGAAUCAACUCUUGGACCGCGAAGAGCAGGAGCAGUACUUUAUUAAUGUCACGGCUUCUGACGGGCUCUUCAUGAGCCAAGCAGCAGUGGAAAUCACGGUCAUGGACAGUAAUGACAACAGUCCCGUAUGUGACCAGACCAUAUAUUCAGCCUCCAUCUCAGAGGAUGUUCCUCUCAACACUGUGCUCCUAACAGUAGGAGCCACAGAUGCAGACUUGGGCGAGAACUCUGAGAUUCAGUACUCACUGUUUGGCAUUGGGGUGGAGGACUUCUAUAUGGAUGCCAAUACUGGUGAUGUGAAAACAGCCUCAGUCAUCAACCGCGAGAGGAUCCCAAGGUACAUGUUUGUUGCCCAGGCGACAGACGGCAGGGGGCGUUUCUGCCGUGCAAAGGUCCUUCUGACAAUCUUGGACGUGAAUGACAAUGCACCCACCUUCCCCAAUGCACGCUACACAACCAGCGUUUACGAGAGUGCUACACCCAAAGCUCUGCUGACACGCCUGCAGGCCCUCGACCCCGAUGAAGGCAGCAGUCGGAAGGUGAUAUACUCCUUACAGAACUCAGCAGGAGGCGUAUUUUCAGUUGAUGAGUCCACAGGGAUUGUGGUCCUCGAGAAAGUGCUGGACCGUGAGCUGCGGUCAUCCUACACUGUCACUGUCCAGGCUUCAGAUGGAGUGCUCCACUCUACAGCUGACCUUGACAUCUUGGUUUUAGACGUGAAUGACAACCCGCCUGUGUUCCAGGGAAGCAAUUACUCAGCCUCUGUGCCCGAGGAUGUCACUCUGGGAACAGAAGUCCUGCGCGUCUACGCCACCAGCGCAGAUGCGGGCACUAAUGCUGAGAUCUGCUACAGUAUCCGGUCUGGCAAUGAGCUCCAGAAGUUCCAGAUUGCAGGAGCAGCAGGUACCAUCUCCAUCUCUGAGGCUCUCGACUACGAGGUGUGUAGAUGCUACCUCCUGGUUGUUGAAGCCUGGGAUGGUGGCCUUCCACCCCUAAGUGCUGUUACUAUGGUAACUAUCAGUGUAACAGAUGUGAAUGACAAUGCUCCAAGGUUUAGCCGAGACCUAUAUAACACCAUCAUCCCCGAGGAUGCUAGAAUUGGACAGUCCGUCAUCAAGCUACAAGCAGAGGAUGUGGACAGUGAGGGAAAUGGGCAGAUCAUGUACUUCAUCGUGAAUGGGGAUGACAGAAAUCAGUUCUCCAUUGAGCUGAAUAUGGGACUAGUGAAGGUCAACAAACCGCUGGACAGGGAGAAGGUGUCCAGAUAUUCCCUAACUGUCCAGGCUCUGGACAAGGGAUCUCCUGCUCUAUCAUCUGCAGUCACAGUUAGCAUUGACAUCUCUGACAUCAAUGACAAUCCACCCCUCAUUUUACCAGUUAAUGCCAGCAUUGUGGUUCAGACCGAUGAACCCUUGGGCAGCAACGUUCUGCAGCUAUCUGUCACAGACAAUGACACAGUGCUGCAUGGCCCACCUUACGAGUUCAACAUCAUCUCCGGGAAUGAGGGGGAAGCGUUUGUCCUCGACCAGGAAGGGCUGCUCCGGACCAACCGUUUCUUUGUGCAGGAAGUAGAGAGUGAAUACCACAUCCAAGUACAGGUCCGAGAUUCUGGAAGGCCCCGCCUGUCAUCCUCCACCUUUGUCUUUGUCCGUAUUGUCGAGGAUAACCUCCAUAGGCCUGAAGCCUUUCCUCUGGAAGUUUACAUCAUCACUGCUGGGGGUGAGUUCCCAGGUGGUGUCGUAGGCCAGAUUCAUGCCAUGGACUAUGAUGGGGAUGCUGCAUUAUCCUUUAGCCACUGGUCCCGGCAGAGGACCUUGUUUCGGAUCAACAGGCAGGACGGGCGGAUCGUGGCUCUGACUGGCUUGCGGCCCGGUAGGUACCGACUGAACGCCACGGUUAGCGAUGGCCGCUAUGCCGUCGCAGUGAAAGUCUCUGUGCUGGUAGAAGAAGCUGCCGACCAAGCCUUGUGGGAAGCCAUUGUCGUGCGCUUUGAGGGUGUUGCUCCUGAGAACUUCGUGCAGCUAUACCUGAGCAGCUUCAGGAACGCUCUGAUAAGCCUCGUGGGCACCCCCUGCAGAGUUCUUGGUAUCCAGCCAGUGCCCGGCUCGCAUGGCCAACUGGAUGUACUCUUGGCUGCAGAGGCUAAGGGUGGGGGCUUCCUCCCGGCCUCUGAACUGGCCCGGAUGAUCACUGUCUCGAGGAAGCAGCUGGAGGGUGCACUAAGGAUCUCGACCAUUCUGGAGCAGGGCUGCCCCGAGGUGCAGUGUGGGGAGCAGUGGUGUGAGUCAGGACUCAUGCUUGACCCCGGGGUCACAGUGACCUACAGCAUGCCAAAAGCCAGCUUUGUGUCACCACAUUUCAGCUGCUCAUGCACCCCACUGGGUGGCACUUGCCACACCCAUCCAAAGUACUGCCAGGUGCAGCUGUGCCCGGCUGACAUGCAGUGCAUAAACACCCAGAGCCCAGGAGCAUCACAUGCCUGCCAGUGUCCUGUACCCAGGCCGGGGGAGUGUGCAGGUGUGUCCACUCUGAGCUUCAUGGGGAACAGUUACAUCGAAUACCGCAUGCACGAGAAACUCAUAGCCAGUGGGUUCAAACUGGACCUCAUAAUAAGAACAUUUCAGAGCCAGGGAAUUAUCAUGUACAUGAACUCUGAUCCCUGCACUCUACUAAAGGUGAACCGCAGUGAGCUGUGGUUCCAGGGGGACUGUAAGAACCACCAGGAGGGUCUGAGUGUCCCAGGUUGGCCCGUUAAUGAUGGCAGAUGGCACACUGUAUCCUUGGAGAUAAGUGGGGAUGUGACCACACUAACACUGGACAGUCGAUAUGUGGAGCGAAGUUCACGUGGCCUGUCCUCCCGCCCCUGGGCACCAGGGGGCAGUGCUAGCCUCGUGUUUGGGGCCCGCCUGAUCUCUCCUGACUGGAAGCGGGGCAGCGGUACGCAGGUACUGGAUGGGCUUCAGGGCUGCCUGGACUCUGUGGUUCUCAAUGGGCACGAGAUGCCGCUGCUGAACGAGCAAGGCCACCAUGUGGAGGUGACAGCAUUUGCACAGGUCAGACCUGGAUGUUUGCUGACCUCUGACCCCUGUCAGGCAGAGCCCUGUCAGAAUGGUGGCAGCUGCUCGAACCUGCCCUCUGGUGAAUUUCAGUGCAGCUGUCCCUCCCCAUACACUGGGGGGCACUGUGAGGUGGAGAUCACAGUCUGCAACCCCAGUUCCUGUCAUAAUGGAGCUUCCUGCCAACCAGCUGGGGAGAAGCUUCGUUGUCACUGUCAAGGGGGAGAGGCCAAGCCAAAGUGAGUCCACACUGACACCGUUUUCUCAAGGGGUUACUGGAGUAGGAGAUUAAGCGUUUAUUAAUGUCGCUACAGAACAGUGCAACAUAAAAGCCAGUAUUUCAUAUAAUCGGAGAGAAAAAGACAAGAGAACGGCAACAAUGUUACUUAUUUAAGCAUUAUAUUUGUAUUUUUGUGGAAUGUAAACCUUUUCAAUUGGCAUGUCAUUUUUGUAUAUGACUUACCACUGAUUAACUUUAUGACUGUACCGAGAAUGAAAAUACAUGAGCACGGCUGAGCCGCGUCUCGUGCUGCCCAGAGUGUAUGACAGUCUCCGCCACAACUGCCGGUUGCGCAACCGUUCCCACGAGACUCUCAUUCAUGCAUCUUGUGCUCAGGCUACUGUUCACAGCUCACAGUACAGCGUACAUUUCUAUCUUAGUGUCUUAGUAGCUUAAAUGGUGAUAAAAAAGGUUAGAACAAUAAUGAACUAAGAAAAUGGUGAUAGAAAGGAAACACCAAACAAUAUGACUUAAAGAUGAUAUAAUUUUGUUAUACAGGAUAUGAUACAAAUGAUAAUUUUUGCAUAUGAAAUAAAGGGCUGGCUUAUGACCAAAUUGACCUACGACCAGUCAGUAGGAAUUUAAGCUGUGCUUCUGAUUUAGGGCUGCAUUUCUGUAGCUGAAUCCACUUCCAUUUUUGAGUGACGAUAGAAAAGUCCCUUGUGAUAUGUCAGACUGCCCCAGGCUGCAAACCGAUAAAGCUUCCAGCUUGACUGGGAACGUUCCCUUUUCUGGAUGCCAUAUUAAGCAGAACAAUUAUUAACAGCAUAGGGAAUGUCUUUAGCAAGACAAACGAUGUCACACCUCCUGGUUCUGGUCCAGAAGGUCUUGUAUUUUUACGUAAUGUAACGAAGCAGCCAGGGUCAAACAUGAAAUCUGAUUUCAACACACGGCAGUGUCUGAGGAGCAUUCCAGAAGUAUGCAGCAAACUGUUCCAGGCUGAGAACAUUUCCACACGUGGGCGCGGCUUCUUCCCGGACAGGUGUGAGGGGGGCGCAUGCGCCGUGGAGGUGUGCGUGAACGGUGCCGUGUGUCACUGUGGCUGCACGCCGGGCCUUGGCGGCGGCUGCGGUACACCGGGUGCCCCAAGUUCCCCGGGCCUGGAUACGCAGGUGGAGCAGUUCCCUUACCUGGGCCAUGACGAGCUGAUCGGCAUGGCAGCCAUGCUCUGCUUCACCUUCAUCUUCGUCGCGCUGCUCGUCACUUUCCGCCGGAGGAGGAUCUCCGCUUGCCCUCCAUCCUGCCCUCCGCGGGAUGAGCCCCCACCUCCCCCGCCCACCAUUCUUCAUCCAGCCCCGGCUCUUUUGCAUGAUUCCGAUUGGAUGCAGGCUGACAACUUAUACUUUGGCACCAUGCAGCCCUUUGACGCCUGCACUCUGUGCCUAGAGCUAAAGGACCCGUCCCAGGUUGGGGUCCAGCCCCUUCCCCACUCUGGCCCCUGGCUCCAUAACGUGUCACCGGGGAUCCCAAAUGAAUCGGUGAGCAUGUGGGCGGACACAUCCCUCCCCUUCACUGACCCGCGGGGAUUGGCUGUGUGCAGAGUGACCCCCCUCUCCCUAGGCCAAUCCAACAGCAGCGCUCUCCUUGGGGGAAUGUUGAAUGGAGGAGACGGCAUGGAGCAAGAUGUUUACCAGGAAUGGACCGGCCCCCGAGACAGAGAUAUGGCUUACCGAUGGGACACAGCAGAAGGUCCACUGGAUGUGAAGGACAUCCCGGGAUGCGAAGCAGGAGGAUCUUCUCUGGCGUCCUCUUAUGACUGGGACGGCUAUCUGGAUGAGUUUGACAGAGAGAGUGACACUGACCCUCAUUCCACAUGCGGCUCCUGCCUGCCACCCUCAUCACCCUCCCCGGGGGAUCCCGCCAGCCCUGGUGUAUAUGACACGUUGCCAGCCGUGCCUUCAUUCAGAAGGGCAUGGAGUACGUGGGGGUACCAGGAAGACGUUCUGGCUUCGGCACCUGCGGAGGUGGGGUCAGAGCACUGCAGCGGCUCCCUUUCUCCGGGUCGCCUAGCGACCAGACGCUCUGCAUCUUUCUCCCCGCUCCACACAGGCCAUGUGGCUAUUCCCAAGCCGGGGAGGGCAGGUGGGCAACAGGCUGGGACGGGAGGGGUCGCCUUCCCCAUCUAACCUCCUGGCAGCUACUCACCAACACGCAGAUGUGAAGAACAUCAGCAAUGGAGAUCCAAGAGCUUCUCCGAGGCUGAGGGCUGCACCCAUGACCUGUACCCGCUAAUGCCAGCCCUGCUCGCAUGAUAUUAUUAGCGGAGCGCUCUCCAUAUUCUUGUCCUUAUCUGUAAUUUAAUGGUCUUAGUCUGAAUGUUCUCUUUAUUUAUUUCUCUUUAUUAUCGAUUAGCAAUAGACAGUCCAUUGUAAAAAUACAUACACUAUAUAUUUAUUUGAAUGUGUAAUGUUCCUACCAAGGAAGAGCUUAUUAAAAGUUCUGUCGUGUGUGUCACCUGCAACGGUCAGUAACACUGAUACUACAGAACGGCUCUGCAUCCUGCCCUGUGCUUCAGGGCGCUUUUACACAGUGCCAAAUACUGAACUUUUGGUACUAAAAAUUUGGUAGUUCCCUUUUUCCAUUGAUUUUUGGUCCAGUACCAGCACUGAACUAGCAAAGCAGCUGUUGACCGGUUAUGCAGACAUCCUGUCUCGUAAACACAAAAUACACCCACUGCCCUGAAAAAGCGUAGUUAUUACUGGUUUACAAAUACUGUCUAUGUAAAGCCUCUAGGGGGCGCUGCCAUUUAAAGGCACCAGUACUAUGAGUAUAAAUAUGGCUGUUCCUCAGCCCACCACUUGGCCACUAUGGUGAGCCGGGGGGGCUCUGGGUGUUAGACGACCACCGCUACAGACCCCCCAGUACAGCGGCACCACAGCCAGUAUUUAAAUGCCUACUACUGUGACCUUUGGCCAGCUGAGCAGCAAUUGGCAUCACUUCAACACCCCCUUCGGAAGGAAAGCCUAUUGUCCUCAAUGCCUUUCGUAUAAACAACCCCCCCUCCCCCAUAUUCACACCAUCGAUUCAAGAGUAGGGAGCAACCGAGAGGGAAAUGAAGGACAAGCAGUACUUCCUUAUACAUAGCACUACAUUUGCAAUGUAAUUGGAAAUUAUAAAACAUUGCAAAUAAUUAUUUAGUCUUAACUUUUUAUCAUUGCAUUGUUUUUCCAUUUCAUUUAUUGGUGUACUGUGUAUUUUUUUUUUUAUCUCUCUGAACCACAUUUUCUUUGUUCACACUAUGUGUACUGUCUAAUUUACCCUGCUUACCUCUGUAUAGCAAUAUAUGUAUGUUCAUCUAUGCACUGUGCUCUUGCUGCAGUAUGCACCAUAAUUUACCCGUGAUCAAUAAAAUUAAUCUCAAUCGA